CAUGGCAGCAGACAGCCAAAUCAACAGGAUCAUUCUGUUCUUUUAGUUUCUAUGAAGUCUCGGAGUUGUCGAUAAUGAUGCUAAUUUAUUUUAGAUGAAAAUACAAAAGAAGAUGAUGUGAUCCAGCGAGGUUAAGCCGAGCUAGCUCGCUCUAGCUUUCCCUAGCUUCCCGUUCGUUUUGGAUCAUUUUAACCUCGCAGCGAAUUAACUAUGGCUCGAGCUACUCACACUGUUUUAUGGAAACUACUGAAUGUUAGGGUUCUAUAUACCGUUGCAUUUGUUUUACGAAUUGUUUUGGUUGGCUUUGGGGUUUACCAAGACAAAACUAUGGUGGUCAAAUACACUGAUAUUGACUAUCAUGUGUUCACAGAUGCAUCCAGAUUUGUAACAAAGGGUGAAUCCCCAUACAAAAGAUCCACGUACCGCUAUACUCCGCUUGUGGCCUGGAUGCUGUCACCCAACCUCUACUUGACACCCCACUUUGGGAAGCUGCUGUUUGUCACUUGUGAUGUGGUCUGUGGUGCCCUACUCCACUGCCUCCUGACACUUCGAGGUUCAUCUAGUGAGGCAGCCUGUUAUUUCUCUGCUCUUUGGCUGCUCAACCCCCUGCCAAUCGGUGUGUCCACACGUGGCAAUGCUGAAGCAGUCUUGUCCCUUCUGGUUCUCUCCACACUCCUGUGUUUAGAACUGAAAAGACCCUUAAUAGCAGCAUUUCUGUAUGGCCUGUCUAUUCAUAUGAAAAUCUACCCGGUAACAUAUGGCCUCGCCAUUGCCCUCUCCAUAGCCUCUCAGGGGCCAUCAGGGGGUCGAUGGAUGUUCCAAAGACUUUUCAAUAAGGAUCUGCUGCAGUUUGCUUUUGUAUCAGGAACUGUAUUUUUUGGGCUGACUUUGGCCUUUUAUUUCAUGUAUGGCUGGGAUUUCCUCCAUGAAACAUACCUAUACCAUUUAACCAGACGGGACAUCCGACAUAAUUUCUCACCUUACUUUUACAUGUUGUAUUUGAUGGCGGAGAGUGAGUGGAGUAUAGUUCUGGGCUUGGUGGCCUUCCUCCCACAGGCUGCACUCCUCUUCCUCACCUCACUGGCCUUCCAUACUGAUCUACCCCUCUGCUGCUUCCUAAACACGGCCAUCUUCGUCAGUUUCAACAAAGUGUGUACCUCACAGUAUUUUCUGUGGUACCUGUGCUUGCUACCCCUGGUGCUGCCACGCUUGAGCCUGACGGUGAAGCGGGGGGUUGCACUCCUUUUGCUCUGGUUCACUGGCCAGGGUUUGUGGUUGGCACCUGCUUACUACUUAGAGUUUGAAGGACGCAACACUUUCUUGUAUAUAUGGUUUGCUGGCCUGUUGUUUCUUAUAAUUAAUUCGAUUGUAAUGGUCCAGAUUGUCUCACACUAUAUACCAGUGACAGUCCAGCAAAAAAAGACUGAAUAAACAAAAAAAACCAAAAAAAAAACAAACUGAAUAAAACAUUGGAAUGAAUACACUCUUA